AGCUAGGCGAGGCCGCCCAAGCUCGUCUGAUUAGCUGAAACGAUGCUCAUUGCUCCUGACGUCAUCAGAUAUUGAGAUGGUUGAACAAACCCCGUAGUCAAUUACGGCAGAUUUGCCGCCGCCUCAAUGCCAACCCCAUGCCGCCUUCCUCCCCAUCGCUCCGCUUCCUCCUCUCCUCCCGCCGCCACCCCGUCGCUCCGCAACACCACGGCCUCCGCCGCCACAGCCUCUCCGCCUCCGCCUCCGCGCCCGCCGCCGCCGCCCCGCCUCCCUCCCGCGACCGCGCCGCGCGCCUCGCCGCCGCCGUCCAUGGUGCAGCCGCGGCCAAGAACUUCGGGCACGCCAUCCGUUUGACGAAGUCACUCAUCCAGGCCUCUUCCCCCAGCCCGCGCCCCGUAGCUGGCGCCGGCGCCAGCGCCUUCGCCGCGCUCGCGUCCACCUCCAGCUGCCCCGCCCCCGCGCUCGGCGUGCUCGUCAUCGCCCUCUCCCAGAUGGCGCUGCUCGACGAGGCGCUGUCCAUCUUCCGUCGCCUGCGGACACUGCCGUCGCUGCCGGCGUGCAACGCGGUUCUGGACGGCCUCGUCAAGGCCCGCAGGUUCAGGUGCGUCUGGGAGAUGUUCGACGAAAUGCUUAGCCGGGGGAUGUUUCCCAGUGUGGUCACGUACAAUACGCUCAUCAAUGCGUGCCGGCAUCAGGGUGCUGUGGAGAAGGCUUGGGAGGUGUGGCAUCAGAUGGUGGCGAGACGGAUUGAUCCGAAUGUGGUCACCUACACGACGAUGAUAUGUGCACUUUGUGAAGAGGGCUGCAUCGGUGAGGCUGAGCGGCUGUUUGUCACGAUGAAGGAAGCAGGGAUGCAGCCUAAUCUAUACACAUACAAUGUGCUGAUGAGCAGCCACUGUCAGACAGAUGAUGUCGACCGUGCAUUUGCGCUGUACCAGGAAUUGCUGAAGAGUGGCCUUAUUCCAAAUGCUAUUAUCUUUACAACGCUGAUUGACGGUUUCUGCAACGUGAAGAGGUUCAGUGAAGCAAAAAAGAUGUUUCUUGACAUGCCCAGGUUUGGGGUUGCUCCUACUGUGCCUGUGUACAACAGUUUGAUGGAUGGAGCUUUCAUGUCUGGAAAUGCUCGAGAAGCAUUAGCAGUUUAUCAGGAGAUGACUCGCCUAUGGUUGUGCCCGGAUGAAUUCACCUGCAGCAUAGUUGUAAGAGGGCUUUGUGAUGGAGGGCAAGUGCAGGUAGCGACCAGGUUUCUUGAAGGAGUGCGGCAAUCUGGUGCUAAUCUGAAUGCUGCUGCUUACAAUGCACUAAUUGAUGAGUAUUGCAAGGAUGGAAAUUUGGAGGAAGCCCUAGCAACUUGCACAAGAAUGACCGAGGUUGGAAUUGAGCCCAAUGUGGUGACAUACUCCUCUUUGAUAGAUGGGCAUUCGAAGAUAGGGAAGAUGGAAAAAGCAACUGCUAUAUACACAGAGAUGGUAGCUAAAGGGAUUGAACCUAAUGUGGUGACUUACACGGCUCUUAUUAAUGGCCAUGCCAAGAAUGGUGACAUAGAUGCUGCUUUUCGGUUACAGAAGGAGAUGGUAGAGAAAAGCAUUUCUCCCAAUGCGAUCACAGUGUCAGCUCUUGUUGAUGGUCUGUGCAGAGAGAGUAGGGUUCAGGACGCAGUCAGGUUAGUCAUGGAGUACUCAGGGAACAAUAAGUAUGAUCAUCGUCAUUCUUUUUUGUCAAACUCUGCAACUGUGGAAGAUCAUUCAGUUCCAAACGUUGUGACGUAUAUGACCUUGAUAUAUGGUCUCUAUAUAGAUGGCCAAUACAAUGAAGCUGGUAAGAUCUUCUGUUGCAUGAGAGAAUCAGGUAUGGUGCCUGAUAGCUUCACUUACACACUACUGAUUCGUGGGCAGUGCAUGCUUGGUUAUGUCUUGAAUGCCAUGAUGCUCUAUGCAGAUAUGAUGAAGAUAGGUGUUAAACCCAAGAAAUACAUGAUAGUCUGCCCUGAGAUUUGGUCAUCAGAACCACCAAAUGGCCUCAGAACUGUUGAAAGUUAAGUUUUGGUUUUCAACUGUAGACUCAAGGCUUCAACGCAGUUCAACACAGGUCAGUUCACAGAUUGUGAAACCUAGUGGCUUGUCAGUUAUCAGUAUGACGGACCAUGCUGCUACAUCUUGGGAAACAUUGAAGGCUCACCAUCUCAAAAACCCUCUGCUUAUGAGCUUCAGAGGUGGAAUAUUCAGAUAAAGUCAAGCUGACUCUCAAGGCAAUUGAAGCCCACCCAAUUUGGCUUUGGUUAGCAUCAUACUACCAGCUCUGUGAAUGAAAGAACACUCACGUUCCCUAUUAUAUGGUCAAUGAAAUGCUGAUUAAUAGGAACGGCAGAAGAUGAAUGUGAUGAACAGAGACUUAGAGUUGAAGCCAGAUUGUAGCAAAGGACAAAUAUGCUACCCAUCACGCUGAACUAUAAUAGCGCCGGUUGAUAAUUCUGGGACUAGCAUGCUUUUACUCUACUCUCCAGCAGGGAUAGGGAUAGCUGUGGUCUGGUCAGCCCGUCAGAGGGAUGUAGUGUAGAUGCAAGUAUGCAACAUACGCUGCACUCGGAGUGCAAUUGACUAUAUGGUCCAUAGCACCUUUAUAGAUAUUGUACAGCUUUACUGGCAAUAUUCAAAUUUGUUGCCGGAUGUGCUAGUGAGAAGAUGUUCAAUUUGUAUUUUGGUGAAUAUUUUUACAACUAUUCACCUGAUAUAA